GCGGAAAGCAACAUUCCAUAGACCAACAAACUUUCACUUUCAGUUAUUAAUUUUUUUUUUUCAUUAUUUAACUGACACGAAUUUCUUCACUUUCUACAUUCAUUCCUUCAAACACAGUCAUUCAUGGCCACUCUUCAGAGUUGGAGAAAAGCCUAUGGCGCUCUCAAAGACACUACCAAAGUUGGUCUCGCUCAUGUCAAUAGCGAUUAUGCGGAGUUGGAAGUUGCCGUAGUCAAAGCAACCAACCACAUCGAGUGUCCUCCCAAAGAGAGACACCUUCGCAAAAUUUUGCUCGCAACUUCUUCUGUACGGCCUAGAGCUGACGUUGCUUGCUGCAUUCAUGCACUUUCGCGACGGUUGGCGAAGACCCGAAACUGGACGGUGGCACUGAAAACAUUAAUCGUAAUUCAUAGGUUAUUGAGAGAGGGUGAUCCUACUCUUAGAGAAGAAUUUCUUAAUUUCGCACAGAGGAGGCGCAUACUCCAACUUUCUAAAUUCAGAGACGAUUCUAGUCCAAAAGCUUGGGAUUGUUCUGCCUGGGUUCGUACUUAUGCAUUAUACUUGGAAGAAAGACUUGAAUGUUUCUCGAUUCUGAAGUAUGAUAUUGAAGUUGAGCGUCUACCUAAGCCUGUUGCUGGUCAAGACAAGGGCUAUAGCAGGACAAGGGAUUUGAAUGGUGAGGAGCUAUUGGAGCAAUUGCCUGCUUUGCAGCAGCUUCUCUAUUGCCUUGUUGGUUGCCGUCCAGAAGGAGCAGCUGUUAGCAGCUAUGUGAUACAAUAUGCUCUGGCCCUGGUUCUAAAAGAGAGCUUUAAAAUUUACUGUGCUAUUAACGACGGCAUUAUCAAUCUUGUUGAUAAGUUUUUUGAGAUGCCAAGGCAUGAAGCUAUCAAAGCCUUUGAUGUCUAUAAACGUGCUGGCCAGCAGGCAGAAAGUCUCUCUGAUUUCUAUGAAAUAUGCAAAAGAUUGGAAAUUGCUAGGAAUUUUCAGUUUCCUGUCUUAAGAGAGCCUCCAGUAUCAUUUCUUGUUACCAUGGAAGACUACAUAAAGGAUGCACCUCGACUGCUUGCAGUUUCAAGUGAGCCAUUAUUACUGACUUACAGACCAGAUGAUGUUCCCACACUAGAAUACGAUAAAUUAUCUCAAGAACAGGAGCCCUCAGUGCCUGUUGAUGAUGUUGUCUCAAAUUCUGAGCUUGCUCCUCCUCCACCGUCUCACAACUAUUUUGAAAUUGGAGACUUGCUGGGGUUGAAUGACAGUACAUCUGAAACAUCCUUGAUAGAAGAAAGAAACGCUCAUGCCCUAGUCAUAGUCCCUACCGAAAUUGAUUCACGAGCUGAUCCUGCCAGAGAUUUUGAUCCAACCGGAUGGGAGCUUGCUUUGGUCUCCCCUCCAAGUACAACUAUCUCUUCAGUCAAUGAGACACAAUUGGCUGGUAGGCUGAAUUCUCUCACCCUGAACAGUUCAUAUGAUCAAGGAGCAUAUAGAUAUCCACAACAAUCUGUUUUUGGAGUGCCAGCUCCAAAUCCAUUUGAAGUUCAAGAUCCUUUUGUUUUGUCAACUAGCACCCCUCUCCCACCCAACGUACAAAUUGCAACAAUUUCUCAACAGCGUAUAAAUCUUUACGGUCAUUACCAACCAUAUCAGCCUCUGCAGCAGCAGAUGUUGAUGAGCCCAGCAAAUCCUUUCGAGGAUGCAGGAUAUGGGGCAUUUCCUGUGCAUCAUGUUUCUCACGUUCAUAAUAACAAUCCAUUUGGAAGCACUGACAUGAUAUAGGAACACAUUAUUUCAGGGAUUCAAUGUAAAGCUUUGUAGGAUGAAAUGUUUAAGAUAAUAAGGUCACAAUGUCAAUCAUUUUAUAUAAUAAGACAAUGGUUGGAUUUUAUUUUUU